CCGAACAAGCUGGUAUGUGGCUUUAGUGCUGUGGAAGGUUCUAGGCUCCGUGUUGAGUCGCAGGAUCGUGUAGGAGUUUGGAAGCGGCUAAGGGCUGUCCUAACAGUGGUGGUCGUCAGACCCCCAGAACCGCGAGCCCCCCGGUCCAGGCAGCGGCCUGACGCGCUCUCGCUUCCGCAGCCUGAACUGACGUCCACGCCCAAUUUCGUGGUGGAAGUCGUUAAGGACGGUGGCAGGAAGGCCCUGGUGCUGGACUGUCAUUAUCCGGAAGAUGAGGUCGGGCAAGAGGAGGAGGAGGAGAGUGACAUUUUCUCCAUCAGGGAGGUGAGCUUUCAGUCCGUCGGCGAGUCUGACUGGAAGGACACGAAUUACACGCUCAACACCGACUCCCUGGACUGGGCCUUGUAUGACCACCUGAUGGAUUUCCUGGCCGACCGAGGGGUGGAUAACACAUUCGCAGACGAGCUGGUGGAGCUCAGCACAGCCCUGGAGCACCAGGAAUACAUUACUUUUCUCGAGGAUCUCAAAGGUUUUGUCAAGAGUCCAUAGAGCAGACCAGACGCCGGGCUUUGCCAGGGAACCAGCCUGCUCUGAAGCCAGACGCACAUGGGCUUCGAGGUGGUUGCCUUCCCGAUAUCAUGGAGAAUAACUCAGAUUUAAAUUAUUUCUGUUGCCCUCUCAUUUACUCUGUUUAUUGCUUCUCUACGACUCCCUUGCUCCGAGAUUUUUGUAUAACAUAAUGAUGGACAAUAAAAUUGGUUUCUCUCCUCCAA